CGGGCUCCGGUCGCGCCGACGGCAGCGUGCUCCCCGGUGUCGGUAGGCGGGCGCGUCCAGUCCGUCCCGGCAGGUGCAGCUUCGGGCGGGCCUCUGACCUGGCGCUCGGCUGCGCGCGUCUCCGGGCUCCCCAGCCCCACGUGCGCUGCAGGCCGUGCAGGACCCUCACAGCAAAGCCGCAAGCCGCGUGCGUCUGCCGACGGGGAAGGUGAGGCUCGGAGAGAAGAGCCGAUCUCGGCGGGACCCUGCAACAGGGCGCCCGGAAUCGAACCGAGGCUCCCCGAAGCCUGCGCUCUCAACCGCUUCGUUUGUGGCCGCUUUCUUGGGUCCCCGAGGGAGGGCCUGCAGGCUGCAGCCGGUUCCGGGACACGGACGUUGCGCUGAAGGGCUCCUGGCCUGCUGCCCUGUGCUUCCCGGUCCUGGAAGGCGACUUUGAACCAGUGCAAUGGCGACUGCGGUGAGCAGGGCUCCCGAGAAUGCUGACCUGUGGUCCUCGCAUGACAAAAUGCUGGCACAGCCCCUGAAAGACGGCGACGUCGAGGUUUACAACAUCAUCAAGAAGGAAAGUCACCGGCAGAGGGUUGGACUAGAGCUGAUCGCCUCGGAGAAUUUCGCCAGCCGAGCCGUUUUGGAGGCCCUGGGCUCCUGCUUGAAUAACAAGUACUCUGAGGGGUACCCUGGCCAGAGGUACUACGGCGGGACUGAGUUUAUCGAUGAGCUGGAGAUCCUCUGUCAGAAGCGAGCGCUGCAGGUCUACGGUCUGGACCCCCAGUGCUGGGGGGUCAACGUCCAGCCCUACUCGGGCUCCCCUGCCAACUUCGCAGUGUACACCGCCCUGGUGGAACCCCAUGGGCGCAUCAUGGGCCUGGACCUGCCUGACGGAGGCCACCUGACCCACGGGUUCAUGACAGACAAGAAGAAAAUCUCUGCUACAUCCAUCUUUUUUGAAUCCAUGCCCUAUAAGGUGAACCCGGACACUGGCUACAUCAACUACGACCAGCUGGAGGAGAACGCCCGCCUCUUCCACCCGAAGCUGAUUAUCGCAGGAACCAGCUGCUACUCCCGAAACCUGGACUACGCUCGAUUGCGGAAGAUUGCCGAUGACAACGGGGCGUACCUCAUGGCCGACAUGGCACACAUCAGCGGGCUGGUGGCGGCUGGCGUGGUGCCCUCCCCCUUCGAACACUGCCACGUGGUGUCCACCACCACCCACAAGACCCUGCGCGGCUGCCGCGCCGGCAUGAUCUUCUACAGGCGAGGAGUGCGCAGCACGGAUCCCAAAACCGGCAAAGAGAUCCUGUACAACCUGGAGUCGCUCAUCAACUCUGCUGUGUUCCCAGGGCUGCAGGGAGGGCCCCACAACCAUGCCAUUGCUGGGGUGGCCGUGGCUCUGAAGCAGGCCAUGACGCCAGAGUUCCGCGUGUACCAGCACCAGGUGGUGGCCAACUGCAGGGCGCUGGCUGAGGCCCUGAAGGAGCUGGGCUACAAGAUAGUAACAGGUGGUUCUGACAACCAUUUGAUCCUCGUGGAUCUCCGUUCCAAAGGCACAGAUGGUGGCCGGGCUGAGAAGGUGCUAGAAGCCUGUUCUAUUGCUUGCAACAAGAACACCUGCCCAGGUGACAGAAGCGCCCUGCGGCCCAGUGGGCUGCGACUGGGAACCCCAGCACUGACGUCCCGAGGACUUCUGGAAACAGAGUUCCGGAAAGUCGCCCACUUUAUUCACAAAGGGAUAGAGCUGACUCUGCAGGUCCAGAAGGCUGUUGGGGACAAGGCCAGCCUGAAGGAGUUCAAGGAGAAGCUAGCAGGGGAUGAGCAGCACCGCGCGGCCACCCGAGCCCUCCGGGAGGAGGUGGAGAGCUUCGCGUCUCUUUUCCCUCUGCCCGGCCUGCCGGACUUCUAGAGCCGCCGCCGGCUGCACCUGCCCCACCGCGGAGCGUCAGGACCAAGGACACUGCCCUUGAGAGAAGCACCACCCCACAAGGACCUGUCAACUUCUGGGUGCUCUCUGAAGAGGUUUCUUUGGGACUUUUCUCAUGUUAUCUUCACAAAUGAAAAUCUGCUUAAGCCCCACUGUUAGUAAUUCUGGGACAAAUUAUUAAGGAGUAUAAAUCUAAAUCUCACUUUCUCACAGCUCUAUGUUAUAGCUAUUCUGGAAAAAUGAAAUCCUAUUUAGCCUUCAUUCACUGAGUCAGUGGGGUAGGGCAGAGCUAUUGGAACGAUUCCAGGAGCUUUACUUACCCUUCUCUUAAGAGUUAUUGGGCCUCCCCAGGCUCAUUGCAGCAACAGAGAAACACCCAAGCUUGUAGCUUAUUCCCCGGUGGGACAGCAAAGGGAACUGAACCAUGACCUUACAGCUGCAGCGGGAAACCUGACCCUUCUGCUCUGUGCUUUGGCUCAGAAUUCUGUCAGAC